GUUCUCAUGUUGGGCGCAAGGAAUGCUACGUUUCAUGGCCAGGUCAGGCAAGCAUUCUUCAAGCACAUAACUAAAGCAUGAUCAUUAAUCAGGACAUCCAGAGAUUAAUCCGUGAACGUCCCAUCAACUAAAUUUACCUCACAAAAUAAUCAUUCAAGUAACGCACUUGAUGCGAACUCCAAUUAUUUCUCUCCCUCCCCCACCCUGGCCCGAAGCCACUUUUUCGCGCCCCUAAACUAUAUUAAUUUUGUAACGGCCCACACACCCGCUUUCACACCCCAGGUUUAUUUCACAAACUAUUUCAAGAAAAAAAAAAGAAAAUAUUACGCACCAAACGCACCUGCGAUAUCUUGUAAGAAUCUCAUUGAGUUAUCGGGAAUUUUAUUUUCCACCCUAUUAACUUCACAAUUACACCGCACUUCUUUCAUGCAUGGAGAUUGGUAUGUAUUGAUUACUUGAUUACUGGACUGAAUCAAACACAUUGUAUUUUCUGUAAUCUCAUUGUAAAGUUACAGUUGCUGUCCAGGAGUACUUGUUGCUGUCCAUGACAGCCUGGACUGUCACGCUGUUCCAGAACUAGAUGUUGAUGAAUGCGAACUCCUGUGGGUGAAGGUGAAGCUGAAGGGUAGACGCACACUUUACGUGUGUGCCUAUUACAGGCCCAACACAGCAGAUGAACCAAGCCUGAGGAGGCUUGAUGUGUCACUUCAGAGAGCAAUGCAGUCUAAGAACGUUUCUCUCCUUAUAGGGGGAGAUUUCAACUUUCCUGGUUGGAACUGGCAGAUUCCUGCUUUGAAGCCCAAGUCCCCUUACCCGGCCCUACACUCUGAAUUCAUGGAGAUAAUUAACAACCAUGGUCUGGAACAGAUGGUUAAAGAACCCACGAGAGGGGAAAACACUCUCGACCUACUCCUCACUAACAGUCCACAUCUCAUCCCAAGAGUAGAAGUCAUCCCCGGAAUAUCAGACCACUGCAUACCGUACUGCGAAUUUCAAGUCAGCGUGCUAAAAAAGAAACAGGCUGUGCGAGAAAUCCCCAUUUAUGCAAAGGCAGACUGGGAUGGCCUGAGAAGUGCAAUGACUGAGCUGAGUUCAAACAUGCAUGAGAUUCAGGGUAAUGCGACAACAGAAGAGCUGUGGAUGAAAUUCAAGACAACAAUCACUGAUGCAGUGAUGAAAUUCAUACCACACAAGACCUCAAAACCUAAGACAAAUCAACCAUGGGUUACGGCUGAAAUCCAAAGGCUCAUACACAGGAGAGACCGCCAGUACAAACGUAUGAAGAAGAAUGGGUCGGUCGAACUAAAAGCCGAAGUACUGAGGCUCCGAAGAACCAUCCAACGCUUACUGCGCAGAUCCUACUGGAACUACCUGAACGGCAUCUUCUCAGAGGAAGAUACUACCGCCAAGAACAAGCGGUUCUGGAGCUAUGUCAAGCAUCAAAGGUCAACAAACAUCGGAGUUUCCCCCCUGAGAUGGGAAGGCAAGUUGACGUCUGAACCCAAAGAACAGGCGGACAUACUCAAUCAACAGUUCCAGUCGGUCUUUGGGGAUGGUAGAGAGUACUCAGAAGUUGAGUUCCUGCUGAAGACCAAGAUGAUGAGCACAGCCUAUCCCACCAUGGAAGAUAUCAAGAUCUCAGAGAAGGGUGUGCUGGAACUUCUUAAAAGCAUUAACCCCUACAAGGCAUGUGGUCCUGACAACAUCAAGCCACGAGUGCUAAAAGAAUUGGCCGAAGAAAUCGCUCCUGCAUUAACAAUCCUUUUCCAAUCGUCGCUAUUCACAGGCAAAGUUCCAACUGACUGGAGAACAGCGUAUGUCACUCCGAUCUACAAAAAAGGAGAACAUUACGACCCAGCCAAUUACCGCCCUGUAUCCCUCACUAGCGUAGUAUGUAAACUAUUGGAACACAUAAUCGUAAGCGCGGUCAUGAAUCACCUGGAGAGAAAUAAUAUACUCAAUGACUGUCAGCAUGGCUUUCGAGUCAACAGAUCAUGCGAGACCCAACUCCUUGAAUUUGCUGAAGAGUUGACGACCAACUUGGAGAACAGCAAGCAGACUGAUGUGCUUGUGCUGGACUUUUCAAAAGCGUUUGACCGUGUCAACCAUAGCUUGCUAUUGCACAAACUGCAUAGAUAUGGGAUCCAAGGCACUACCAAAACAUGGAUCUCUAGCUUCCUCAGCGACCGAUGCCAGGCAGUAGUGGUAGAUGGCAAAACCUCCUCCUUUGUCAGUGUUAAGUCAGGGGUCCCCCAGGGCUCAGUGCUAGGCCCUUGUUUGUUCCUAGCAUAUAUCAACGAUCUGCCCGAGAAGCUGACCUCUCAAGCAAGACUGUUCGCAGACGACACGGCGGUAUAUAGGACAAUCGUCAACAGCUCUGACCAGAGCCAGCUUCAACAAGACCUCAAUCGGUUAGCUGAGUGGGAGAUAAGCUGGGACAUGGAAUUUCAUCCCGUCAAGUGCCAAACCCUGUCAGUCUCCAGAAGCAGGUUCCCUCUAAACCACUCUUACGAACUGCAUGGCCAUAUUCUUGAGCCAGUUUCCUCCGUUAAGUACUUGGGUGUUACCAUCCAAAGAGAGGUCCGCUGGGACGAGCACAUUAACAGUGUGUGCAACCGGGCAAACAAGACCCUGGGGUUCCUAAGGCGCAAUCUGAAGAUCGGCAACUCAAGCGUGAAAGAAAAAGCCUAUAAAGCCUUUGUCCGACCUAUUUUAGAGUAUGCUUCUACAGUCUGGGACCCAUUUACCCAGAAAAGCAUAGACAGGUUGGAGGCGGUCCAGCGACGGGCAGCACGCUUUGUCAUGAACCGCUACAGAAGCACCUCGAGUGUUGGCAGCAUGCUGGAAACACUGGGCUGGUCGACAUUGGAAGAACGACGACGACUAUCCAGGCUCACCAUGUUGUACAAGAUAACAAAUGGACUGGUGCACUGCUCCGGAAUCAAACAGAAACUCGUUAAUCUUCCCCCCAGACUGCGACGAAGUCACGACAAACAGUUCCGGCUGGUAAAAACAAGAACGAAGUACAGAAGCUCCUCAUUCCUGCCGAAGACAAUAGGGGACUGGAACAAGCUUCCAAAAGCAACAGUUGAGGCGGCUACACUCGAUACAUUUGUGUCUAUUGCCUCCUGUAUUCCAACCCCCAGUUCAUAACACCACUGCUGAGUCGCCCUUGCAACCAGUGAAGUAUCCCAUUGAAACCCAUGGACAGUAACAUCGCAAACCUCUCUGAAACAUAGGAGCCAGAAUGAUCAAUUCAUUGAUCGUGGGCCCUUAAAAUAAAGAAGAAGAAGACAUCACAAAGAUUCUUUAAAAAAAAAAUAUAAUAAAUAUAUCAAAUCCAGCCAUUCAGCGCCGUCAAUCCAUGUUCUCUACUGUGAAAACAGUAAAGAAAGCAGAUUAAAAAUUAGAUUCGGUAGACAAUGUUGAAAAUAAUAAUUUUCGCGAUAGAAAUCUUUCUUCUAAUCGGUGUUUUUCGCAAGUACUGAUUCACGAUUUCCAUCACCAAGGACUUGUCUUUUUUUUUAAAUUUUUUUUUUAAAGAUUUAGUAAAGUCAUGUUAAAAGUUAGGCAACUUUCCCCCACAGCCCGUGAAAAUGAUCGGCCCCCUGGUCGUCACGCCGUACAACCUGGACUUCGUCCUCAAACCGCACAACGUCACCAAGACCACGGUGCCGGCGACGACACCACCGACAACCUCCACCACGACGAGGAGGACUACAACUACAACUUUACGUAAGACGUUGCUGACACUUUCAUGGAAGGUUCUCAAACUAUCAAGAUAAUUUCACGAAAUAUAUUGAUGCUGUUAUUUGUAAACCACCCCCUCCCAACCCAUCCCAAACAAUGCAGCUUAAAGCAGUGAACAAUAGUUUUUACUACAUUUCCUACCUGCCCCUCUUUUAAACCAAACUUUGAAAACAAUAUUUUUCAGAUAUAAAUUUAGAGAUAUAUGACUUUGAUGUUUUUAUUCAAAUUAGGGCUUUUGAUUUACCAAAAAGUCUAGUCACUUAUCAGCCCUGAGGUAAUUGUGAAGUGACUUUUAUGUUAAUUCACUUGAAAAAAAAGUGAAUUACCCAUAAUACUUAUAUUAUGAUAAUGUUUGUUUACAGUCGCACACUUUCCCAAAGCCCAUAUCACCUUGGUGUCCCUCACUAGCGUAGUAUGUAAACUGUUGGAGCACAGAAUCUUAAGCGCGGUCAUGAAUCACAUGGAAAGACACAAUAUACUCAAUGACUGUCAGCAUGGCUUUCGAGUCAACAGAUCAUGCGAGACCCAACUUUUUGCAUUUGCUGAAGAGUUGACGACCAACUUGGAGAACAGCAAGCAGACUGAUGUGCUUGUGAUGGACUUUUCAAAAGCGUUUGACCGUGUCAACCUUAGCUUAAUAUUACGCAAACUGCAGAGAUAUGGGAUACAAGGCACUACCCAUGGAUCCCUAGCUUCCUCAGCGACCGAUGCCAGGCAGUAGUGGUAGAUGGCAAAACCUCCUCCUUUGUCGGUGUUAAGUCGGGGGUCCCCCAGGGCUCAGUGCUAGGCCCCUGUUUGUUCCUAGCAUAUAUCAAUGAUCUGCCCGAGAAGCUGACCUCUCAAGCAAGACUGUUCGCAGACGACACGGCGGUGUAUAGGACAAUCGUAAACAGCUCUGACCAGGACCAGGUACAACAGGAUCUCAAUCGGUUAGCUGAGUGGGAGAUGAGCUGGGACAUGGAAUUUCAUCCCGUCAAGUGCCAGACCCUGUCAGUCUCCAGAAGCAGAUCCCCUCUAAACCACUCUUACGAAUUGCAUGGCCAUAUUCUUGAGCCAGUCUCCUCAGUGUUAUUAUUCAAAGAGAGGUCCGCUGAGACGAGCACAUCAACAAUGUGUGCAACCAGGAAAACAAGACCCUGGGGUGCCUAAGGCGCAAUCUGAAGAUCGGCAACCCAGGCGUGAAAGAAAAAGCCUAUAAAGCCUUUGUCCGGCCUCUUUUAGAGUACGCUUCAACAGUCUGGGACCCAUUUACCCAGAAAAGCAUCGACAGGUUGGAGGCGGUCCAGCGACGGGCAGCACGCUUUGUCAUGAACCGCUACAGAAACACCUCAAGUGUUGGCAGCAUGCUAGAAACACUGGGCUGGUCGACAUUGGAAGAAUGAUGACGACUAUCCAGGCUCACCAUGUUGUACAAGAUUUAAAAAUGGGCUGGUCCACUGCUCCGGCAUCAAACAGAAACUCGUCCAUCUUCUCCCUGGACAAGAGCUCCUCAUUCCUGCCAAAGACUAUAAGGGACUGGAAAAGCUUCCAAAAGCAACAGUUGAGGUGGCUACACUCGACACAUUUGUGUCUGUUGCCUCCUGUCUUCCAACCCCCAGUUCAUAACACCAUUGCUGAGUAGCCCUUGAACCCAUAGAAGUAUCCCCUUGAAACCCAUGCACAGUGACAUCGCGAACCCGUCUGAAACAUAGGAGCCAGAAUGAUCAAUUCAUUGAUCGUGGGCCCUCAAGACAAGGAAGAAGAAAAAGAAGUCAUCAUCACAUCACAUCAUUAAAUUAUGGCAUCAUCAAACAACUUAACAUGACAACAGCACAUCACAUCUCAUCAUUGACACAUCAUCUCAUCACACCGUUAUUUAACAUGACAUCAUUUCACACAACUAUAUAUUUAUUUCUGACGCCAGCCCCUGCACUCUACUUACAAUAAAAUGUUAACUUUUGUUUACAUUUCCUUUGAACAGCCGACCUUAUCUACAUCUACGCCAUACUGCCAACAUACAAUCUGACCUUGACCCCAGACCUGCGCGACCCCAACUCGAAGGCCUUCAUGGACCUAACCUUUGCCUUCUGCAAGGAUGUGAGUAACUGAAUGCAUGCUCUUGCCUCACCAUCCUUGGUAAUGCCGUGAUCUUGUCUCACCACUCUUGACAAUGCCAUGAUCUUGUCUCACCAUUCUUGGUAAUGCCAUGAUCUUGUCUCACAAUUCUUGGUAAUGUCGUGAUCUUGUCUCACAAUUCUCUGUAAUGCCAUGAUCUUGUCUCACAAUUCUUGGUAAUGUCGUGAUCUUGUCUCACCACUCUUGACAAUGCCAUGACCUUGUCUCACAAAUUUAGUUCUGCCGUGCUCUUGUCUCACUAUUCUAGAUAAUGUCGUGAUCUUGUCUCACAAUUCUUGGUAAUGCCAUGAUCUUGUCUCACAAUUCUUGGUAAUGUCGUGAUCUUGUCUCACCACUCUUGACAAUGCUAUGAUCUUGUCUCACCACUCUUGACUGUGGCGUAUGCUAUUCGGACAUUUAUAAGACAACUAACAUUUCCUCUUUAAAAAUCUAAUUUUCAUCUGUUUAUAAAAAUUGCAUAAACAUAAGAUGACUAAUUCGUCGAAAAACCGUCUCCUUUUAUUAUGUCUUGUGAUUAAUUUUUAAACAGAGAAUGGAAAUCAUUUACAAAUCUCUAUAUAUAGCGCUCAUUCGGACAACUUGCGGGGCAGCGUAUGUUUGUCAUUGUCACUGGUAUGAAAUAAAUGAAGUCUCGUACAAGCGAUUCGCGCGAUAAAACGGUUGACCUGCAAAUCUGAACCUACCACACAUUUUGUCUUCCACAGCUGGAGCGGCUGUACAACAGGAGCAUCUAUGGACGUCGGUUUCACAGCUGUAAAGUUCAUUCUUUUCGGUAAUGUCAUUCAUAAAUGAUGGGCUUUUUGGUAAUGUCUUUCAUAAAUGAUGGGCUUUUUGGUAAUGUUUUUCAUAAAUGAUGGGCUUUUUGGUAAUGUCAUUCAUAAAUGAUGGGCUUUUUAGUAAUGUCAUUCAUAAAUGAUUGGCUUUUUGGUAAUGUCAUUCAUAAAUGAUUGGCUUUUUGGUAAUGUCAUUCAUAAAUGAAGGGAUUUUUGGUAAUGUCAUUCAUAAAUGAUGGGCUUUUUACUAAUGUCAUUCAUAAAUGAUGGGCUUUUUACUAAUGUCAUUCAUAAAUGAUUGGUUUUUUAGUAAUGUCAUUCAUAAAUGAAGGGCUUUUUGGUAAUGUCAUUCAUAAAUGAUUGGCUUUUUGGUAAUGUCAUUCAUAAAUGAUGGGCUUUUUAGUAAUGUCAUUCAUAAAUGAAGGCCUUUUUUGUAGUCAUUCAUAAAUGAUGAGGGUUUUUGUAAUGUCAUACAUAAAUGAUGGGCGUUUCAGUAAUGUCAUUAAUAAAUUAUGGGCUUUCCCUCAACGCCAUUCGUAAAUGAUGGACUUUUUUGGCUAUGUCAUGUCAUUUAUAAAUGAUGGGGAAAAUGAACUAAACUAUAAGAUUUAACAUUAAAAGUAUUUCAUUAAACAUGGUUGAUAAUGAUUUUAAAAAAAAAAAUAUUAUUAAAAGGCUACACCAAUGAUCGUUUAAAUUGUUUGCUUUAAAAUGGGGACGUCAUGCUCAACGCCAUGUUUGCUUGUUGCCAGGGGCGACCCCGCCUCCGUUGUGGUCAGUGUGGGCUACGUGGGCGAGGAGUGGCCAGGGAUGGACGACAGUGUCACGUGGGUGAUCCGCAAAAACGCGCCGAGCUAUUACUUUGGCCUGAAG